AUGAAUGUGAAUAAAUUGACAAAAACACUGUGUGAUUCAGAUGUUUGGACCUUGGAGAAGUACCCUUGGCCAAUGCCGGACAUGCGGAUCCGCAAGGACUACUGGCCAUGUGUCCUUGAGGGUAACAUCGAAAACACGCCCGUUAAACACGCGGUCUUCGUGCAGUGUUUGAACGCGAGCUUCGGGGGCACAGCGGAAGCGGAGUGGGUGAUGGACAUGGCCACGCGUCACCCGGUCAUUGUUGGUGUUGUGGCUGGACUCGACCUGACCAGUCCAGAUGCUGGAUUCCGUUAUCACGUCGCUUAAGGCAAAGGGUUGUUUAAAAGGGGCAAGACAAACUCUAGAUUCGGAGGCAGACGGCUGGAUAACACGAG